GCACGGUUUUCAGGUGGGUGUUCCUCUCUUUUUCUCUCUGCUUGCAGGGAGACAUUUUCGAUUAACGAAACCGUUUAAACAGUGGUUCAUGGAAAAUUCGGUGCUGUCCUGCGAAAUUAACGGAACUUACUCGAUGGUUUCCAUCGACGAUCCUGUCAUCGAAAAUUGGAUAAAAGUGGUGCAACGAUCGACCGGUAGCUUUGCAUCGAGACGUUGAGACAAAUUUAUCGAAACAGUGAUCGCGUCGAAGAAGACGUUUUUACGUGUAACGAAAGAUCUAGGGAUCGACGAUAGAGGUCCGAGUGGACCGAAUGACCGUGAGCACGAAAUCGGUCAGGUUCGGUGACGGAUCGACGAAAUUGAAAAUCUGACACUCGCAGUCGCCAACGGUGCAUCGAUCGAUCGACCGAAGUAAUCUCGUAACAGAUCGAUACGAUCGAUUCAUGUUACAAAACCGAUAACUUGGAGUCGAGCGCGAGAGAUUCAAGUGUUUCGUUGGUGCGUGAACCGAUAUCCUUAUGUAAACUGGCUAUUCGGGACGUUUUCCGUUUCUCGUAUAUUGUCAAAACGAGCUUUCCAGUUUCGUCUUGUCUCGAGGAGGUACGCGCGCAAGUGUCCGAAAGAUUGCGGCGAGUCCGAAUGUAGCGCCGCUACCUGUCGAUUCGCUUCUCCCGAUGUUGCGUUCGUUCGCGCGAUACACGAACGUCGAAGUGGAAGGAGUCGUGGAAGAAUCGGGACUACAGAUCGCCGCAAUUUCCUCGCCGAGCAGCGCGAUGACCGCCACGGGAAGUUUCUCUAGACAACGGCGAAAAAUCGAUCGAGCAGAGGAAACAUAAACGGUGGCAACGGUGACUCCUGAUCACCAAUUCAAGCGAUAAAUUUGAUCCGAUAUUCGAGAUAUUAUCCUGCAUCGUUCUCGCCCGAUAUGAGGGAAGAUGAACGAGACGAUGGACCAGAUUCCUGAAGGCUGAGAGCGAGCGGAUCCUCGACAUGACCGGCUGGAGAAUGCAGCCGCAUGUAUCGGCACUCGGCGUGAUCGCCAUUGUCUUCGUCAUGAUCACCAUCACGGCGUCAGAAGCAGAGAAUGGCGCCAUCGAGAACAGUAUCAAUCAUCCCAGAGUCGACGAGAAGGAUCGACGCCUGGAGGAGGACGAGAGGUUGGCAGGAAACGGUACCGUCGACAGGCAUUCUAUCGUUCCUACUCUUCAAAUUCGCUUCAACGAAACUGGCAGCGAGAUUACCGUAUCCGGAGACGAAGACGGAGACGGUGACGGGGACGGAGACGAAGACGAACACUCUCCGCGCGAUACAGAGAAUCGCGACGAUCCGACGAACGUUUCGGUAUCCGAGUCGUUGGCUACUCCUGUGGCGCUCAACGGUAUUCACGACUCGCAAUCAGUCCACGGUCCCACGGGAACAGAACAAAAGAUAUUCGAACGCAAUAGCCUCGAAAAUCAGUCACAGGUAAUCGGCAUAGAUUACGGAACCUCGGCGCAGCCGAGUCGAGUUGAAAGCACAUCGACCACUCUAUGGGUGGAACAUUCGCCUCUACCGAAGAGAAACAACGACCUAGAUGCCGUUCGCGUGAAUGACAAAAGCCUAUCCAACGUCGUGGAUGUCCAAGUUGAUGGCUCAGGGCUGGAAAACGACGAAUCCGUCGGAUCCACGUCGAUUUCGAUCCUUCCAACGAUCGUGACGAUGGCGAGCUCUACCCAGCAGAAGAACGCCGAGGACAUCAGGGCUAUCUCGUUUCAAGUGCCAUCGCCUGUUUUGGAAUCGGACGAACGGCAUCAGCGACGCGGUGGCAACGAGGAAUCGAGGAAAGAUUAUUCCAAAAUGCUGAACAAUCAUUUUCUACCUAGCGGAAAGUUCACCAAAGGUUUCUACGAGAUAAAGCCCUCGAUCAAAACCGAGAUUGAGAACGAUCGAGAUCGCGGUCGCAAUGGCAUGCUUCCGACUACAACUCAGAGAAUCUUACUCGCCAGAAAAUUCCUGGUGCCCACCGUUGACAGCGCCUUUGGCAAGUUCGGACCUUACUACGAAGACGGCGGACAGGAGGUGAACGUCUCCGCCAGGAUUGGAAGCACCAUGUUGUUGGACUGCAGAGUCGGCAUGCUCGGAAACAAAGAGGUGGUGUGGUUGCAACAACACAGCAACGACUCUUUCAGACUGCUCACCGUCGGCAAGACCACCUACAGCGUGGAUCAGAGGAUUAGUCUGGAAUUCAGGUAUCCGAGCAAUUAUAGACUGCAAAUUCAGUAUGCGACCCCGAGGGACUCAGGACUCUACAAGUGCCAAGUCUCGACGCAUCCGCCUUUGGUUAAAAACAUUAACGUGAUCGUCACAGCGCCGGAAUUAACAAUAACGGACGAUUCCGGGCGAAUAGUGCCUAAAGAAAGACACCUGAAGGCAGGAAGUGCUCUGAAACUCAAGUGCGAAGCCAGAGAUGUCCUCGAAGUCCUCAAGGAGUCCGUAAUUUGGACUAGAGGAGAUGAAACGCUCACCGAAGACGUUAGCGAGAACAGGACAACGGAGAUUACGGCUGGUAAGGAGGUCCUCGUGAUCGUCAGCACCCUCAUCGUCGAGAAGGCUACCCCUAGGCACGCUGGCAACUACACCUGCGUGGUACCCGGAAAGGCCAACACGACUAUCGCGGUCCACGUACUCAACGGAGAACUGCCGGCCGCUGUGCACGAUGGAAACGGAGUUUCCAAGGCAUUUCUGAACCUGUGGCUAAUUCACUUAACGAUGAGCUACGUGUUCUCCAGAUGACAAUAUUAAGGUUAUUUACUUCUCAACAGCGCAGCAUCAAGCCAGCGCCGGGGAUACAGACGCGACACCAGCAAUCUGAAUUCAAUUUCGGGAGAACGCGGCGCGGCGGGUCAUGCGUGAACAAGAGCAACACCACCGUAGCUGCGUAUCAUCCGUGAGAUUAACCGAACUUGGAUUAAGCAUCGGUGUGUUUCAUCGCUCGACCAUGAUCACCCGUGCCCGUGGACCGAUCGACCCACCCACGCGAAAUCUGGUGAAUUAUUUUUACCUUUCUUAACAUCCUCUCUUUGAUCGAUCGGUAACGCAUCCUCGAUGCACUCGCUGAUCGCUCCAACGACAAGAGAUCUACAGCGGAUCUUGAACGGAUUCUACGCGAAAAGAAUCGCUUCUUUUCGUCGAGGGUCGAUCGCCGUUAUAAAGUGGGCCAUUAUUGUACAGUAUAAUUUAGCUGGACACGCCUUAGAGCGCGUGCGGUUCUUCGAGAAUAAACUUAUCGUUAGUGUCCGUUGUCACGAUGACGUACUGUCCCUACGAGGGUCGAAGGACACACGGAACGCUGGCAGUAAAACCAGUGGAAACGGGAUUCGCGAUCAUAUUCGAUCGAGAAUAUUUAAUGGAGUUUUAUCGUCCGUUUGGAGAGAAAAGGACAAGCUCGGUUACAUUGGGAACGUUCGCUGAAGAAGAAAAAUGUAGUCUUACGACCGAACACCGUUUUCACGAAGAUUAUUCGUAGUUCUGUUACUCUUUGUCUAGACUAACUCUAGACAAAGGACAUUAUUAAAAUAUUUUUGUUUACAUCUGAUUUUCCCAUGCACUUUUAUUUAGACAUUGACAAAUCAUUUAUAAACUAACACCGACAGACGUAUGUAUAAUAAUUAGGUAAAUCAAUUUUUUUUUUCACAUAUCCAAACAGAACGUUAUCUGACUUUGCGCAAAAAUAAUUGGCACCAAAAGUAAAGGCAAAGAAAUUUUCUCUAAAAGAAAAAGAAACAGUGGUUCCAUACAAUUUUGUUCAUACGAUGAAUAAUUUACACGUAACGUGUCGUGAAAUCGUUCAUAAAAUCAUAGAAACGUCAUGUCAUACUGCGUGUAAACUAUCGGCCACGCGAAUAUAUAACAUAAAACGAGUUCUUUCUCUAAAUAAAAGUAUAUACAAACGAUCGAUUCGAUAAAAAUAUUUUGAUAAUCAAAUAAAAAUAACCGAACAAUGGUUGUUUGACGAAUCGUUCGAUGCUUCGAUCGUAUUUCCUCUGUAAUUAGGUUCGCGGCGUCUGUGAACAAAAUCGAACCCGAAAGGAAUAGCGUUAAUCGUAAAUAAAGGGGAAUUGGGACACUCGGAGUGCAGUAGAUUUUCCGUUAUCUUUUCAUGAUGUUUCUUUGUAAAUGAGAAGGUUGAAGAAAACGUCUAUCGUCAUCACCCAUGGCUGACAACCAGGAAGACGAUCUACAUGUCAACAAUGAACGCGGUUCGAUACUUCGGGCCACCAAUUGCAGUUGUCGGAUCCAUCGAGGCAGCAAACACUCGCCAGGUAAACUAUUACACGCUCCCUGAUUGGAGUUCCGAUCCGACCUCCGUGCUAUCUACAUUAGGUCUCUCGGUUUAAUCCAGAUCUCGCGAGGCACCACUGACUUCUGUGGAUGCUCGAAUAGUUUGAUCGGAAGAAUGUUGGAUGGACCAAGUAUAAUUAAUCGGUCGUGAUGCUGAGAUUCUUAUCGACUGCCGCCUGUCGCGUCGCGUCGAGAGAGAUUGUCGUUUCCCCAUUCAAAAAGAAAUUCUAAGCCGAUAUAAAUUCGUUCCGGGGAUAACUGCGCCCUGAACCGACGACAAACAUUAGUUAAACCCCAGGUACUACAAAAAAGAUAGGACUAUUCGAAUUAUUUUCAAAAAUGAAAAGGAGGAAAUACGAUCGGAAGAAUGUUGAUCUUAACGGUGACGAGUCAUCUCUUCGUAUAAAGAGAAUACGCUAAAAGUUUGCGUAAUACAAAUGGUGUGUACUACAUGUCUACAUAGGUAAAUACAUAUUUAUGUAGGUACUUGAGUACGUAUAUUCGCAGUUCGCUCUAUUUAAUUUUAUUUCCACUGUGCCGAUAGAGAGUGUCGAGUUACUGGUUCGAUUAGUAACGAUCAUCUUGCGGUCACGAUCAAGGUUUACGAUACGAUACUCUCCAUCGUUUCUGCGAUUGGUUUCCUUUUCUUCGUUCGCGACACAGGGAGAAAGGAACCCGACCGAGACAAGCUCUUCAGCAGGGACGAGCGAAAUUCUUAUUUAGAGAAUAAUUUCAAUCUCCACGAUUUUUAUUCGCUUUUUAUUAUUUUUCGAAUCAAAUUCUGCCCGUCUCUGCUCACCAAGAGCCAAGAAAAUGUGAUGUGCGAAAACGUAUCAGAGCGAACGAGCGACGACGUUGAAGGGAAAAUUUUAUCUAUACAUGUUAACGUGCACGCGACAUACAUACAUACAUACAUACAUACAUGCAUACAUACAUACGUAUUAUAUAUGUAGGUCCGAUCGAUCGCGAUAAGAUUAUAUUUUUAUAUGUAAAUAUGGCGUUCCUUCUUGUUAUCUAAUACCAUACAUCUAAUACAUAAAGUAUACAUACAAGUAUAUCGGCGAAAAAGAUAGAUAAAGACGUCGAGAAAACCGAAACGAUACGAUCCACGAUCCAUGGGAUCCAGCGAUGCGAUAAAACGAUCACGUCUCAAGCGAAAAGCAUCUCGAAACGGACGAAUUACUUUAACCUAUGAAUGUUUCAUAAGAAACGGGACGCACAGGUAGAGAGAGCACCGAUUUCAAUGCCAGCCACAGAAGCUGUUUGCAGGAAUUGGUAUUCGUCUCGACGUCGACGUUUCUAAUACCUUAUUUAGAGCGAAAAUGAGCUCGUUUACCAUCGACCCGACUAUCUUUCCGAGACUCUUUUUACUCUUAGUACAAUAUUUCUCAUCGGAUCGAUUAUCUUGGUUACAUUUUACCUAUGCUUUUACAACCAUUUUUUCACGUAUUUACUCGUUAUUAAACAAUAUCUUUUUUCUCUAUUUUUUUUUUCAACUAAAUUUCACCAAAAACGUCCAUUUUCGCAAAUUAGUUUUCUAAUUUUACUUUGGGGUGAUAUUUAAUCUGUGCUACGAACGCGAUUCGAAAUUCUGUUUUUGUUUCGUUUCGAUCGUUACAUCCGAAACUGCGUUUUAUUCGGUUAGGAAGGAAGGAAGGAAGGAAACAAACGUGGUAUCGAGUAAUUAUUUAUCGCUUUAUUGUGGUUAUUAAAACCACGAUCAUAACUCGCGGAAUCAUUGAAUUAAUUCGCGAUACGGAUACAUCCUACAGAUCAUUCGAAACUGUUACCUAUUUUUACCGGUACAAGUUCAAUUACAAUUAUUCGAGCUUAGGAAGGUAGGAAGAGAAAUUUUCGAUCGAUGUAUUCGUAUUAGGACGUUAAUGGAAGAUAUUAUUACGAGGAAAAUUCUUAAUAAACACAUAGCAGCUGAAAGAAGGAAUGGUUCGAAAGUCUGGAAACGUUCAUCUCGCUAUACGAACGGACUCGGUAUUUUCAAUAACGUGUGGGAUCCGCCGAAACCUGAAGCACUGUUUGCAGUUGGAUGCAAUCGCGCAUUCUUCCAACAGUUUCCUGGUUCAAUCUUUCGGCAACCGACUGCAUUCCUCGGAUCCGCUUCACUCGUGGCGAAGUCACUAUCGAACCACCAAUUUCUCGAGCAGAGCAUUGCGAUGCUUCUCGUUCUAUUGCUUGUUAAUUGCCGCGAAACCUAUUUGGAAGCCUUUCGCGAAGAAGUUGUCUAUAAUAUACAUCGAAACGAAAUCGGUGCGCUCUUACCUGCAACGUGUGAGAAAACGAGGGAUUCAGAGAUAGCGGAAAAAUUGAACAACUACGAGUUAGCGAUAAGUUGUAUAGCUGUUUCUAUAUAAAACUACGAUACGAUAAGAUAUGUAAUACAUUAAAGGUCCCUCGCACUUAUUAACAUCACCGCUGUAAUCAGAGAGGAAAGGAACAAGAAAUACGGGGGAAAACGUUACGACGGACUAGUUCGACGCGUCCUAGCCGAUUUAGAGAAGAUAUAGAGAGCGAGAGAGAGAGCGAGAGCGAGAGCGAGAGCGAGAGAGAGAGAGAGAGAGAGAGAGAGAGAGAGAGAGAGAGAGAGAGAAAUAUCACGCAAGAAGACCGAGAAGAUGAACACGAAACAAAUUGUAGAAGCUGCCAGACGCGUCGGCUCCGAAGCUGUAUAUGUAAAGCAAUUGUGAGUUAUUAAAUAAACGAAUCGAAAGCACCAUUUCAGUCGUAAUUCGUUCGUGAUGAAAUUUCAUUUCACGGUCCGCUUGGUGUCGUGACGAGGUACGAUUAUAGUCUUAACCACAACACAUCUCGAAAACUGCACUAUUCGUUGCGAAAACCAUUUUUUAGUCGUUUAUGUUUUGUUCCUGAACGCCGAAGAAGCAUUUUGUUUUCAGUUUUCUCGAUUUACUCGUGAUCACCAACGUCAUCUCCAACGACUUAUCACGAACGAAUUUUUAUUUACCUUCCCUAUGUACACACUACGAGUAUAUGAACCUACGUACACAUAUUUUUCUGCACGAUGCUUCCAAUUUCGGUUUUGCAGGAUCAAAACCGUUGAACGUCACGUUGGCAUUAACUUUUCGAGGUAAGUGUGCCGUCAAAU